UACUUGAUUCCAAGGGGAAAUUUUUAUCAUAUUGAAAUCGCUAACUUUAAACUUUGUCCCUGUUACCUAUGCUGAUGCUAUUCUGUGGUCUUGCUGUGAAAAUUUGACAGUUUCUUUAGGUGACUGUCUGUCGGUCCUUUCCUCCUAAAUUAUUUUAAAAAUAUGUCAAAAAGAAAAGAUGACUUGCGUUGGUCUAAUUAUGGUUUAAGAAUAUUAAUUAAUACUGUAUCCCACCCAUUUGAAUACGCAAAAGUGUUAAUACAGAUCGGCUAUGAACCUAUUCCCCCUAGGCCUGGAAAAACUUUUUUUGGAAAACCAGCAUUGAAGUUACCAAAUAUUUUUGAGUAUGUAAAAUAUAUUAAAUCAGUAGACGGAUUUGUGGGCUGUUACAAUGGCCUUGCUCCUAAAGUUUGUGGUAAUAUUAUGAGUGCCAUUGCCACUCAAAAGUUGCUGGAUUAUCUGGAGCCUCCAUCAGAGGAAGAGGAGUUUGGGGAAGAACCUACAGAAGACGAGAAGAGGAAAAUUUUUGUUAAAGAUGUAAAAAAUGAAAUAAUAAUCCAUACAGCAGCUAUAGUUGUUAGCCAACCUUUUCAUGUGAUUACUGUUAGAAUGAUGGCACAAUUUAUUGGGCGAGAAUCAAAAUACAUGGGUAUCUUAAGCUCCUUGAGAGAAGUCUACCGUGAAAAUGGACUUGUAGGAUUUUUCAGCGGCCUGGUUCCUAGAUUGGUUGGAGAUAUAAUAUCCCUUCUGCUUGUUAGUAGUCUUACAUAUGCUAUCAAUAAUUAUGUUAUCGAAGAAAAAGAACUCGGUAUCUACACUGGAUCAAUCAUGAGUGUAAGUUUUGAUUUUUUGGCGACAUCAGUAACAUAUCCCUUCCAAGUGAUUUCAAACUGCAUGGCAGUAACGAACAGCGGAUUGGUAGCCGGCUCUCCAACGUACAUGCCCCACUACAAGUCGUGGAUCGACUGCUGGGUGGAUUUGUCCAACAGAAAUCAAUUGAAACGCGGCUCCAGUAUCCUAGUCCGCUACUACACAGGACCUUCCAUCGUUAUUGGAGGACAAGCCGUUCCCUUUCCAUCAAAAGACAAACAGUUAAUUUCUUAAGUUUGACUUCAAGAUGCAAUCAUAGUAACUUGUGCGAUUGUACAUAAUUUUAUAUAUUUUCUGAAGCACCUCAUUGUUGUUCAAUCAAUAAAUUGUUUAGUUUUACAUCAAAUUUCUUUUUUAUGUGGCAUUUACCUCAUUUUAACAUAUUAUAAUAAAUGUAGUUUUGUUGCAA